CGUGUCACCGUCGGUUGUUCUCUGUUUGGAAUUUCGCGAGCUCUCGCAGCCGAGGCAGACAGUGACGAGACUGCGACACGGAAGGGUGGAAGGCUCACUAGAUAAGGAGAUCGAGCACAUGGGAAUCGGAUUCCGGCACGCAAAUCUCUCCCCCUUUUCGCCUCCGCGCGAUGGCUUCCUCGACGCCGCAGCCACCGCCGUCCGCGGCGGUCUUUGCCGUCAACGGCCAGCGCUUCGAGCUCCGCGGUGGCGACGACCCGGGCGCCACCCUCCUCGACUUCAUCCGCACCCGCACCCGCUUCACCGGGCCCAAGCUCGGCUGCGGCGAAGGUGGGUGCGGCGCGUGUGUAGUGCUGCUCUCCACGUACGACGCGGCGGCCGACCAGGUCUCGCACGCCGCCGUGAGCUCGUGCCUGACCCUUGUGCACGGGCUUCACCACUGCGCGGUCACCACCACCGAGGGGCUCGGGAACAGCCGCGACGGGCUCCACGCCGUGCACGCGCGAUUCGCGGGCUUCCACGCCUCGCAGUGCGGCUUCUGCACGCCCGGCAUGUGCAUGUCCCUCGUCGCCGCGCUAGCCGGCGCAGAGGGCAAGGGGUCCGGUCCGCCUCCGCGGGAGGGGUUCUCGAGGCUCACGUCGGCUGACGCGGAGCGCGCCGUCGUGGGUAACCUGUGCCGCUGCACGGGUUACCGCCCCAUUGCCGACGCCUGCAAGAGCUUCGCGGCAGACGUCGAUUUGGAGGACCUUGGUCUCAACUCCUUCUGGAAAAAGGGAGACGCUCAUGUCGACAAAUUGCCACCGUACAAGGAGGGGAGCAUUGGUGCUUUCCCAGAAUUUCUCAAGGCUGAGAUCAGAGCCUCUCUGAGGAUUGAUAAGUGUAUGUCGGCUAGGGUAAUGGCGGGAAGCGAGAGCUCUUGGCAUCGACCUCGGAGUGUGGAGGAGUACUACAGGCUGAUAGCUUCUGAUUCGUUCGAUGGAAGUGGCACAAAGGUGGUCGUAGGCAACACCUCUUCUGGUGUUUACAGGGAGGCAGAGGUGUAUGAUAGGUACAUUGACCUGAGAGACAUCCCGGAGUUGAAUUCAGUAUCCAAGGAUUCCGAGGGUGUUCAAAUUGGAGCUGCAACAUCGAUCUCUCUGGUUAUUGAGAUUUUAAGACGAGAAGGUGAUGACUGCAAGGAUGUCAUCUUUGGUAAGAUUGCUGAUCACAUGGAAAAGGUGUCCUCUCAUUAUGUUCGGAACACGGCAACCUUGGGUGGAAAUUUGGUGAUGGCGCAAAGGGACGAAUUUCCCUCUGAUAUUGCAACUAUUCUUCUUGCUGCUGGUUCGUCAGUGUGCAUCCAGGUAUCAUCAGGAAAAUUGAAUGUCACGUUGGAUGAGUUCCUGGAAAUGCCACCGUGUGAUUACAAGGCACUACUCUUAAGCAUUUCUGUUCCUCAUUGUACUCCUGACAAUGUCUCAUCAAGUGCUGGGGCUGUAAAUAUGACAGGAGAUAAGACAGAAAGUUCACUGCUAUUCGAGACAUACCGAGCUGCUCCGCGCCCUCUUGGAAAUGCAGUUGCUUACCUUAACUGCGCUUUCUUUGCUCAAAUCUCCUCAGAUGAAAGUUCAGGAAGCUUAAUACUGGAAAAACUACAUUUAGCUUUUGGUGCAUUUGGAACCCGACAUGCUAUCAGGGCUAGAGACGUUGAGAAGUACUUAGUUGGUAAACCCAUUAGUGCAUCAGUCCUGCUUGAAGCAUGCAACGUUCUUAAGAAAAUCAUUGUUCCAAAAGAAGGCACAACACAUUCUGCUUACAGAUCAAGCUUGGCAGUUGCCUUUCUGUUUACUUUUCUUUACCCGAUGACCAAACGCAAUGUGAAGCCUGCAAGAUCAGCUCGUCUAAAUGGCCAUGCUGCUUCUGAUACCAAUGGAAAUCCAAAUUGUCCACCCAGUGCAGAUAUUGACUUGUCACUUAAGGAGACCAAUAGUGUGGAAUCUGGUCUGCAUAGCAAUGACCACAUACUUGAAUCUUGCAAGCAGAUAGUUGAAAUCAGUAAAGAUUAUCUCCCAGUUGGCAUACCAGCCAAGAAAGUUGGAGCAGAACUCCAAGCCUCUGGUGAGGCUGUAUAUGUGGAUGACAUCCCUUCUCCAGAGGGCUGCCUUUAUGGAGCAUUUGUAUAUAGUACAAAGCCUUUAGCUCAUGUGAAUAGCAUAGAGCUCGACCCUUCUCUCGAGCAGGUGAAAACUGUGGCAGUUAUCACUGUUAAGGAUAUUCCAGAGGGGGGUGGCAAUUUUGGGGCCAACACUAUAUUUGGACCUGAACCUCUGUUUGGCGAUCCACUUACUCAGUGUGCUGGGGAACCUCUUGGUAUCGUGGUUGCAGAAACACGGAAUUUUGCCAAUAUAGCUGCCAAACGAGCUGUAGUCAACUACAGCACAGAAACUUUAGAUAGCCCAGUUUUAUCGAUAGAGGAGGCAGUUAGAAGAUGCAGUUACUUUGAAACCCCACCAUUUCUUCUUCCGCAAAAUAUUGGUGAUUUUUCCAAAGAGAUGGAAGAAGCCGAUCAGAAGAUCUACUCAGCUGAGGUGAAGCUUAACUCACAAUAUUACUUUUACAUGGAAACACAAACUGCUCUAGCCAUACCUGAUGAGGAUAAUUGCAUGGUAGUGUAUAGCUCAAGUCAGUGCCCUGAGGCAGCACAAAAUAACAUUGCAAGAUGCCUCGGUUUACCUUGUCACAAUGUUCGUGUUAUCACUAGAAGAGUUGGUGGUGGCUUCGGAGGAAAAGCUGUUAGAUCAUUACCAGUGGCGACGGCCUGUGCACUUGCAGCAUUUAAGUUGCAUCGUCCUGUUCGAAUGUAUCUUGAUCGCAAGACUGACAUGAUAAUGACUGGCGGCCGGCAUCCCAUGAAAAUAUGCUAUUCAAUAGGAUUCAAAUCAGAUGGGAAGGUCACAGGAUUGCAUGUAGAUUUGUUCAUAAAUGCAGGAAUGACCAUGGAUGUUAGCCCAAUUAUUCCUCAUAAUUUCAUAGAGGCACUGAAGAAAUAUAAUUGGGGUGCCUUUUCAUAUGAUGCAAAGAUUUGCAAAACAAACAUUUCAACACGGUCUGCAAUGCGGGGCCCUGGAGAAGUGCAAGGUUCUUAUGUUGCUGAAGCUAUUAUUGAGCAUGUGGCGUCAGUUCUCUCUACUGAUGCUAAUUUGGUAAGGCAGAGAAAUAUUCACACAGUGGAGAGCCUUGCUUUGUUUCACAGUGAGUGCCUGGAAAAUGCCUUGGGGUAUACACUUCCCUCUAUCUGUAAUCAGUUGACUGCAUCAGCAAAUUACCAAUAUCGUUCAGAAAUAAUCCAGACCUUUAACAAAACCAGCCAGUGGAAAAAGAGGGGACUUUCUUUUGUUCCGAUAGUGCAUAAAGUGUUAUCUCGACCGACACCUGGAAAGGUGUCUAUUCUUAACGAUGGAUCCAUUGUUGUUGAAGUUGGAGGCAUUGAGUUAGGCCAGGGGCUUUGGACAAAAGUGAAGCAGAUGGCAGCAUUUGGUCUUGGACAGUUGUGGGCUGAUCGAAGCCAAGACCUGUUGGAAAGAGUAAGAGUUAUUCAAGCAGACACGUUAAGUGUGGUACAGGGAGGGUGGACCACAGGGAGUACCACAUCAGAAUGCAGCUGUGAGGCAGUUCGACUUGCCUGCAAUAUCAUGGUUGACAGGCUGAAAUCACUCAAGGAGCAAUUGCAAGAAAAGCAUGGCAAGGUUUCAUGGGAUGGACUAAUUUCACAGGCAAAAAUGGCUGGUGUGGAUUUGUCAGCAAGAGAAUAUUACAUUCCUGGGGCUUCUGGUUCAUACCUAAACUACGGAGCUGCUGCUAGUGAGGUAGAGAUUGAUCUUCUCACGGGAGCAACUACAGUUUUGCGCAGUGAUCUUAUAUAUGACUGUGGCCAGAGCUUAAAUCCUGCUGUGGACAUGGGGCAGGUGGAAGGGGCCUUUGUUCAGGGAAUUGGUUAUUUCAUGAGUGAGGAAUAUGUGACCAAUACGGAUGGGCUGGUUGUCUCGGACGGGACUUGGACAUACAAGAUCCCAACCGUGGACACCAUCCCUAAACAGUUUAAUGUUGAGCUGCGCAACAGUGGAUUUCACAAGAAGAGAGUGCUGUCUUCAAAAGCAUCUGGGGAGCCGCCUUUGCUCCUUGCAGCUUCAGUUCACUGCGCAACAAGGGAUGCAAUUGCCGCAGCACGGAAGGAACUCCACUGUUGUGGGUCUGGAUCGUCUUCACCUUCGUUCUUUGAGUUGGAAGUUCCGGCAAUCAUGCCUGUGGUGAAGGAGCUGUGUGGCUUGGACAAUGUGGAGAAGUAUUUGGAAACUCUAGUGGGUUCCAAAUAAAUACAGACGAAUUUCACAUUUGGCAAAGUAAAUUAUAAUGAUAGCAUUAUAAGGUAUACUUCUUGCAUAGUACUCUGGGCAUACUAGAAGGUACUGUGUGAUCCACUUGUUAACGCAUGCACCAUUCGACUAUAACAGAAUUUUGUUUGGUUGUGCCACAUUUGUUCGAUAAUUUCAUUCAGGUACGGACUUACAGUACAUAGUUCUUAGGUAACAUUUUGUACUAGACUGAUGGAUGGAUACAGGUAUUUGUGACUCAAAUAGGCAAAACGAUGAGAGUAAACAAAUGGAAGAUGUAUACUUGGAGCAUGAUGAGACAUGGUCAUGGGACCUCCCUAUUUGUGUAAUGUAAUGUGAUUCAUAGUUUGAUAAUGUUUUUUUUUCAGAAAAA